AUGAAGAACUCUAGCGGGGGAACAUCACUUCUAUUCCUGCUGGUUUUUGCUACUCUUACUUACUGCUCAGAUUCAAGAUUACAGUCUUGUCAGCCGAGUGGCAAAAUCAGGGGCACUAAGCCACCUCCGGGACAAUGUAACCCGGAAAAUGACUCAGAUUGUUGCAAACAAGGCAAGAUGUACACCACUUACAAAUGUUCGCCUCCAGUGACUGGAAACACAAAAGCUGUUUUAACUCUGAAUAGCUUCCAAAAGGGUGGAGAUGGUGGUGGACCAUCAGAAUGUGAUAAUCAAUACCAUUCUGAUGACACUCCAGUUGUUGCCCUUUCAACCGGAUGGUAUAGUGGAGGAGACAGGUGCCUUAACUAUAUCACCGUAAGUGCUAAUGGCAAAAGUGUGAAGGCUAAAGUGGUAGAUGAGUGUGACUCUACCAUGGGAUGUGACGACGAGCACGACUAUCAGCCUCCAUGCCCGAAUAACAUUGUUGAUGCCUCUAAAGCAGUGUGGGAAGCCUUGGGUAUACCUGAAGGUGACUGGGGCGAUUAUGAUAUCACAUGGUCUGAUGCUUAG